CUGCAGACAGGUGAGUAUCGGGGUUGGAGUUGCUUCAGACCUUCUUGGAUCUCUGAACUACCAAUUUAGUGUGUUUCCACUGUGAGAGAAGGUCGAGAGGAUGACAGCUCGGGUGUGCUGCUCGUUGACUGCGGUUUUGUUGUGUCUCUCUGUGUACUUGAGCACAAUAGACGCCCAAAGACGUGUCAUAACAAAGCCAGGAGUGUGUCCAAGCAACAACCUCAGAUAUUGUGUUAUGAGUAAGAGUAACUGUUUCCAUGACAGUAACUGUCCUGAUGAUCAGAAAUGCUGCAACGAUGGAUGUGGACGACGUCAGUGUAUGGCUCCAUAUAGAGCAGAGAAGCCAGGAGUGUGUCCAAGCAGCAACCCCCGAUAUUGUGUUAUGAGUAAGAGUAACUGUUUCCAUGACAGUAACUGUCCUGAUGAUCAGAAAUGCUGCAACGAUGGAUGUGGACGACAACAGUGUAUGGCUCCAUAUAAAGCAGAGAAGCCAGGAGUGUGUCCAAGCAACAACCCCCGAUAUUGUGUUAUGAGUAAGACUCACUGUUUCCAUGACAGUAACUGUCCUGAUGAUCAGAAAUGCUGCAACGAUGGAUGUGGACGACAACAGUGUAUGGCUCCAUAUAGAGCAGAGAAGCCAGGAGUGUGUCCAAGCAGCAACCCCCGAUAUUGUGUUAUGAGUAAGACUCACUGUUUCCAUGACAGUAACUGUCCUGAUGAUCAGAAAUGCUGCAACGAUGGAUGUGGACGACAACAGUGUAUGGCUCCAUAUAGAGCAGAGAAGCCAGGAGUGUGUCCAAGCAACAACCUAGUAGGAAUUUGUGUUGUGAAUGAGAACCAGUGUUUCUAUGACACUAACUGUCCUGAUGAUCAGAAAUGCUGCAGCAAUGGAUGUGGACGUCAGUGUAUGCCUCCAUAUAGAGCAGAGAAGCCAGGAGUGUGUCCAAGCAACAACCUCAGAUAUUGUGUUAUGAGUAAGAGUAACUGUUUCCAUGACAGUAACUGUCCUGAUGAUCAGAAAUGCUGCAACGAUGGAUGUGGACGACAACAGUGUAUGGCUCCAUAUAGAGCAGAGAAGCCAGGAGUGUGUCCAAGCAGCAACCCCCGAUAUUGUGUUAUGAGUAAGAGUAACUGUUUCCAUGACAGUAACUGUCCUGAUGAUCAGAAAUGCUGCAACGAUGGAUGUGGACGACAACAGUGUAUGGCUCCAUAUAAAGCAGAGAAGCCAGGAGUGUGUCCAAGCAACAACCCCCGAUAUUGUGUUAUGAGUAAGACUCACUGUUUCCAUGACAGUAACUGUCCUGAUGAUCAGAAAUGCUGCAGCAAUGGAUGUGGACGUCAGUGUAUGCCUCCAUAUAGAGCAGAGAAGCCAGGAGUGUGUCCAAGCAACAACCUCAGAUAUUGUGUUAUGAGUAAGAGUAACUGUUUCCAUGACAGUAACUGUCCUGAUGAUCAGAAAUGCUGCAACGAUGGAUGUGGACGACAACAGUGUAUGGCUCCAUAUAGAGCAGAGAAGCCAGGAGUGUGUCCAAGCAACAACCUCAGAUAUUGUGUUAUGAGUAAGAGUCACUGUUUCCAUGACAGUAACUGUCCUGAUGAUCAGAAAUGCUGCAGCAAUGGAUGUGGACGACAACAGUGUAUGGCUCCAUAUAAAGCAGAGAAGCCAGGAGUGUGUCCAAGCAACAACCUCAGAUAUUGUGUUAUGAGUAAGAGUCACUGUUUCCAUGACAGUAACUGUCCUGAUGAUCAGAAAUGCUGCAACGAUGGAUGUGGACGACAACAGUGUAUGGCUCCAUAUAAAGCAGAGAAGCCAGGAGUGUGUCCAAGCAACAACCUCAGAUAUUGUGUUAUGAGUAAGAGUAACUGUUUCCAUGACAGUAACUGUCCUGAUGACCAGAAAUGCUGCAACGAUGGAUGUGGACGACAACAGUGUAUGGCUCCAUAUAGAGCAGAAAAGCCAGGAGUGUGUCCAAUGAGUUUGGUUGGCGGAGUAGGAGAAUUCUGUCCUGAUUUGUGUUCCCAUGAUGUUGAAUGUCCGAAUGAUCAGAAAUGCUGCAGCAGUGGAUGUGGACAUCAGUGCAUGUCUGUAUAUAAAGAAAAGCCAGGAGUGUGUCCAAUGAGUUUGGUUGGCGGAAGAGUAGGAUUCUGUCCUGAUUUGUGUUCCCAUGAUAGUGACUGUCCGAACGAUGAUAAAUGCUGCAGCUCUAUAUGUGGAGGACGUGUAUGUACACCUGUGCAUAAAGUGUAGCCUGGUCUGUCUCAAACCAAAUGUGUGCUGACAACUCUUCCCGUGACUCCUCCUGCCAGACUGACGUGUUGCCCAACCACCUGUGGACAUGCAUGCAGCUAACCAUGCCGAUUUAACCAUUGGGGGAAAGUCCUUGUUUUUGCGUACCAUACUUGAGGUCUUCUACAUUCACCAAAUAAAUCUCAUAGUUUGGCAAAACUUCUGUUGAGUGUUACUUACAAGU